AUGAAGCACCUUGAGGUUGAUCUUCACUUUGUUCGUAACCAAGUCCGCAAUGGCCUAAUCCGCGUAUCGCAUGUCCACUCCGCUGAUCAACUUGCAGAUCCACUCACCAAACCAUUGUCCAAGCCGGCCUUCCAACGCAUGCUUCCCAAUUACUUUAGGCUACAGUUUAGUAUCCGCUGGAUUUUAGCUUUUUCAGUUAAUUUGUUUUUUGUACUGAAAGCAGUAAUCCUGUGGACGUAUGAGCCUUCUGAAAGAGAUGCUCGACUAGCAAAUGAAGCUUUGAAGUCAAAAAAGAAAACCAUCACCCAAUUACAAGUGAUAGUAGAGAUAGCUUGUGCAUCAUCUCCUGAUCAUCUGGUCGCUGUAAGACAAGCAUAUUGUGGCCUCUUCAACUGUUCACUUGAAGAAGAUAUCGCCGCAAAUGUCCCUAUGCCUGUACAAAAGAUUCUUAUUGGUCUAGUAAGGUCCUAUAGAUAUGAUAAAGAAUUGGUGGAUCCUAGUCUUGCAAAUGCAGAAGCUGCUAUCCUUCGUGAAGCCAUAAGGACAAAGCAGUUGGAUUCUGAUAAUCAUCUGAUGAUACUCAGCACAAGGAAUUUUCAUCAGCUUAGAGCAACUUUUGAGUGUUAUAAGCAAAAUUACGGAUUCUCCAUUGACCAGGACAUUAAGAGCUGUGGAAAAGGUCUGCUGGAAUCUAUACUGAAGGUGGUUAUCUGGUGCAUUGAUUCGCCAGAGAAACAUUUUGCUGAGGUUGUCAGAGCCUCGAUUGUCGGGAUAGGAACUGACGAGGAAUCUCUAACUAGAGCCAUUGUAACUCGUGCUGAAGUUGAUAUGAUGAAAGUAAGGGGAGAGUAUUUCAUUGCGAACAAGACUAGCCUUGAUAAUGCAGUUAUUGGUGACACAUCAGGUGAUUACAUGAAGUUCCUGAUGACACUGCUAGGUGCCAAAGUGUAGCUCUUUGGAUUUGAACAUUGUGUUGUUGUGUUUCAAUACUAUGACUCUACUUUAUAUGCUUUGAAAAAUGCUAUAGCAACAUUGAUGGGUGGAUUUGUUGUGAAAUACUUAAAAGUGUUGGAGAGUGAUUUAUGUGUAAGUUUGUGGUUUGUCACUUGCUUGUGAGUAAAAAGCAGCUUUUAUUUCCUGA